AUGCUGCCGAACUCUUAUCCUAGAGAGAACAAUCCAUCAAUUGACACUCUACAGUUUGAAGUUAACCCAGACACUGAGUCUUCAACAGAAAGUUCUACCUUAUCCAGCUCAUCAGAUUUAGAAGAGGAGGUUUCACAUUCAAAUAUUACAGAAGACAAUCGUGUGAGUGAGAUGGUGAUUAACACAGACAAUAGCAGGGUUUCCCAUGAUUCUAUAUUUAUAGGAGGGCAGUUUAACUCAGUGGAAUAUUUGCUGAAGUCGUUAUAUAACUCACUGGAGUCAUCAGAUCUAGACAAAUCCUUGGUACAACAAUCUCAGAUUUCUGGGGAGAUGAACAGUGUAGAACAGGAACUUUUGAAAACAAUUAGGGAACUAAGGGAUUGUCUCGGACAACAUUUAGAAAAGUAUGAACAAUUGAAAAGAGAUAUACCAGAAAUUAUUGAUAAUCUCAAGCAAAGUGCUACUCUUUCCAAAAAAUAUACCGAGAAAAUGAAGAAGUAUUAUCCUGUCGAGUAUUCGAAGAGCAAAGAUAAGGUCUUGAAUAGGAUAACAAACGAUGAAGAGGAUCUUUACAUUUAA